UAGUUGGAUUUUCAGCCAUUGCACGAGGAAUUCUGGAUAUUUUUUCAUCAAUUCGACAUGUCAAUAUUCAUGAUAAAGUUAAAUGGCAAGACUUAUAUAAGACACUGGAUAGACAGGUUAAGAAAUUACAAAAUGCAGGUCUUUCAAGAAAAAAAAAAUCUGAUUAUCUUACAAUGGAAGAAAUUAAAGCAAUUCUUGAUUCUCCAGCCACUUCAGUAUUAACUGCUAAGGAAUUACAUAUUAUACUUGGUUAUAGCUUUCAUUUUUAUCAUCUUUUCGUGGUGGUGAUGCUAAACAAAAAUCAUGCUGGUGGUGUAAAAAAUAUUCACAAUAAUGGGUAUUCAAAUUUAAUUCCUCCUGAUGAUCCAAAUAACGAUUAUACACCAUAUAGAAACAACAAAACAUAA